AUGCCUCCCCUCGGAAGAUUUCCUUCGGGUUACAGUCAGUCAUCCGACGGCAGUACCUUUGGCCCACAGGGCAACUCACACUCGCACAUCGAUUUCGCUACCGGCUCCUCGCCUCCAUCGAGCAGCGGCGACAUAGACCAAAGAAUCUUGCCAAACGGGACAAACACAUUCCCGACGUCACCCUACUAUUGGUCUGAAUCAGGUGGCAGCCCGUCCAGCAGCGGCACACUCUCAAGCGACGAGUCAAAGCUGCCGCUCCCAUUUCGCAGCCCUGCCGCACCCGUCGGCUCGACCCGCGCCGAUCGACUCAGCUUUGCACACCCGUAUGCUCGGUUAGAUGCUAGAAAGGACAGAUCUGAGAGACACCGCAAGAUCUGGAACCACGUUCAUGAGAAGCGUAUUUUCAGUCCGGAGGAUAUCUUGUCAAUAAGCACCCCCGAUCGGCGCGUUAUUUACUUCGCCAGCCUUGAGGCACACGUCGACCGUGUCCAUAAUCGGAUGCUCGAACUCGGUUAUUUUCCUGUACUGCCCAAGCGUUUGGAGCCAUAUAGCGGUAUCAACGACAAAAUAGUAAAGGGCAUGGUGGCUGGUCUGCAAUACGAAGCCUAUCAGAUGAGUCUUAAGAUCCGAGAACUAGACAGAUCCGUGAGUUCUACUCUGCCGGCUCUUGUUUUACCGUGCUGA